UAUACUGGUUCAUGUUGUUGAGUCUGACUCUACUCACUGACAUGGCUGUUCAUCACAGCUUUCUUGUCAUCCUCGCUGCACUCACAGGAAUUCACAGCAUAACCGCAGUCAGUGAAGUGUCAGUGAAAGCUGGAGAGUCGAUCACUAUCCCAUGUCUCUAUGACUCACAAUACAUUAACCAUGUGAAAUACUUGUGUGGAGGAUAUUAUUUUGCCUCCUGCUCUUAUGUAGUUAAAACAAACCAAAAUUAUGGAUCGGGAAGGUUUUCCAUCUCUGAUGACAAAAAACAAAGAAUCUUCACGGUGACUAUAAAAGAUCUGACGGAUCAGGACACUCAUUACUGGUGUUCUGUGGAGAUUAACAGAGGGAGAGAUGUCGGACAGUAUUUUCAUCUGUCAGUCACCAGAGGCAGCCCCCGCCUCUACGUGGACCAUCAGGAGAUUAAAGGGUUUAAUGGACAUAGUGUAAACAUCAGUUGUAAGUAUAGAAACGCUGGAGAAAAGAGAUUUUGCAGGCUGGGCGGGAACUGCGUGACUGGGACAAGAGGAUCGAUAGACGGAACAACAGUGACCAUCACUACAAGGGUCCCUGGUGUUUUCACUGUGACUAUGAGUGGACUGACGACAAAGAGCAGUGGCUGGUAUUCGUGUGCUACAGGAGACUUACAGAUGCCAGUGCAUCUCACUGUUACUGCGAAACCUACCACUACCACACAUGCAACAACAGGUUUAACCACAACGACAGGUUUAUCACCCCCCCGUGAAACUGUGAAUCCUUCUGUUUCUGAAGACGAUACACGUACCAGUUCAUGCUGCAGUUUUUCCAUUCACCUAAAGAGCAUCAUCAUCAUCCCAUUGAGUGUGUUGCUCUUCAUUUUAAUGGUGGCCUUGUUCAUCUGGUAUAUGCUAAAAGGAAAAAAACAGAACGAAGCAGAAUCAUCAUUCGCAGCGACGGCUGAAGAGAACAUGGUGUACAGUACUGUUAAGUGCAAGAGAAAACCAGGCCAGCAUACAGGUGUUCCAGUUGAAGAGGAAGUGAUAUACAGUAAUGUUCAGGAAAAGAGAAAGCCUUCACGCAAAAUGUCAGAUGCGAAGAGUGAUGUGGAAAUUAUUUACAGCUCUGUGGUUACUGUAAAACAACAAACUCCGCGAAGGGUUGAAGAAAAACCUAAGAGUGUUAGAUAGAGCACGUUGUCUCAGCACCAACAAAACCUGUAAAUGUUACCCUUCUGCUAACUCUCACCCAUCUGUCUAUCAUCGGAUAUUUUUAGAUCAUAGUGUUGCAGUGUAUUGUCAUCUGUUACCGUUUGGUUGUAAAAUGAUUUCUUCCCUUUUCUUUUUUCAUUUUGAGGUUUUCCACCUCCUUCCUAUUUUAUGAUCUUCCUCUGCAUAGCUGUAAAAAAGUGUUGGACAAGACCAUUGACAACGCAGGUUUCACUGCUGUAUUAUUUAGUAAGCCUUACAAUGGUAAAUAAUCACAACUUAUACUUUUAGGAUGUUAGCCUGUACUUGCUCUGUGUUUUAACUCAUUCAUUUUUCAAUAUUAAAACUGUCUCCAUAGCUUACCUUAAGAUUAAAUGUAAUUGAAUACGGCUAAAAGAACAAACUUACAGUGUUUUGUGUAGUAAGAUGAGAAGGGAAUCAGCUGAGUCAUGCAGGGCUGCAAAGAAUAUCCUCUCCUCAAAGUGAUGUGUGUCUCCUCUGCAGUUACUGAAACAAUGGUUUUCAAAAU